AUGCUAAUUUUCUUCCUCAUAAUUUUGGGCUGCUACUCAUCUCAGCCAAAACCUGAAGACCGGCUUCUCCCCCUUACUUCUUCCAAUCCCAUCAUCUUAAAAUCCCCAAGCAAAAUUUCCUCAUCAGACCUGGCAACUUUAUCUACAGGCAAAAUUUCUCCUUUAAUUUCCUACGCUUCAAAUCUAAUCGGUCCUCAACAGAUCCAUGCAACUGAUAAAGGCGACCUAUACCUUAUUAAUUCAGAAGGACUAUAUAUAAAAUUGCCUUACUCCAUUGAAGAAGCUGUGAACAAGUCUCCAUUUUACUUAUCAGAAUUCCCUGACACUUUAAUCGUCGGCUCAAAAAAGCUAAAACUCUAUCAGGUUGUACAGAAAGACGAGGAAUAUUUUAUUGAAGAAUUGCCUGCACUUUUGUAUGGGACUGAAUUGGAUUUUAACCGAGCUUUGUUAGGAAAAUUUGACUACUCAUUAGAAGCGGUGAAUUUUUUAUCAGGCGAGAUAAUGUGGAAUUUGAAUUUUACCCAAUAUUCAGGGCUAAAUGUAGCAAAUGAUAUGCUUUUUAUAAUAAAUAAAAUAUUUUUUAAUUAGAAAAUAAUUACUAUAAGCAGUUAUAGUAAAUUGAAUAGUUUGGAGAUAGCUAGUUCUGGAUUAAAAGAAAAGGAAAACGCAUUGAGUAUUAUAGAUCAGUCGUAUAAUCAUACAAUAGUGCACUCAGAUGAAGAAGAAAAUUCAGAAGAAAAUGAAUGUUUGGAUUAUGAUUAUAACUCAGCAGGAACCUGUGGAACUAUGAUCUGGGACUUUAUUAUAAAUUAUUACUGGAUCGCUAUUUUAGUCCUUUCUUCUAUGGUUAUUGGAAUUCACGUUGGCAGGCUGCAAGUCGAAAAAAUCCCUUGUGAAAAACCCAGAAACACUGAAAGCACUGCUCCAAGUGAAAGCUUAAAUAAAGAUAGUAACCAACUUCUAGACAAUUUUGAUGCUACUGAGCAUAAAAUAUACCCAAUUUCAAAGCUGGAUCUAUCAGCAAUUAGUUCAGCUCAUGAAGUUUCAGUUUUUGAAGAAUCCAAAAAUUCUCAGAAGUCUCCUGAAUUUUCUGAGCACUCAGUCGCCGUUAAGGAAAAUUCGCAAAUAAACAAUGAAGCUUCAGAUUUCACCAAAUCCAGCAGUGAGUCAAGCCAUUAUAAAUCUUUUGAUGACCCGAAAAUCCCGAAUAAAGAAUUAAGGAGCUUUUUAGAUGAUGGACACUAUAAAAGGCAUUACAAAUACCAAAGGAUCCUAGGAAGCGGCGGUUUUGCCUCUGUUCACCUAGCUGAGCAUAACCUUGAUGACCAGCUUUAUGCAAUAAAAAUAGUAAAAAUGCAGAUUAACCCUGAAGAAAACAUCAAAAAGCAUAAACUUUUUUCAGAAGUAAACGCAAUUAAGCAGCUCCAAUCUAAAUAUAUAGUAAGAUACAUCACUUGUUGGGCUGAAAAAGAGCCAAGCUAUAUGGAAGAUAUAGAUUUUAUUAGAUUAAUUAGACUACGGGCUUUAUUUCAGGCCACUUGCUCCUAGAUAAAUUUUCACAAAAUUUUCCUUACAAAAACUGUAAAAAUUCAAAGUAAAAUCUUCAUAAAACUUCUAAAAUUUUUUUGAUCCUUUUUUGAUGACGUCAUCAAAAAUGGUGACGUCAUCAUCUGACGGGGAGACCCUUGCUUCCCUUGAAUCCAGGCCUUAUCGGUCACAGGUUCCACUUCAGGGGGGAAAAUCAGCCUGAAGUUGAUCGUCUGGUCCUCCUUCAUGUCCCCAUGCUCCGCUCGAAGCCUCCUAGCAUCCUUUCUUCCAUGAAGUCAUCCCGAAUUUGUGCUUUUCUUCUAAGGGUCCAGGAAAAAGCCCAAUUAUGUUGGCAAAACGUACCCCGGACCUCCCGCAAGCUGCGGGCCCUCGGACCCUAGGCACAUGGCACUAGGUGAGGGUUGCUUAUCUGGCCAUUUUCCGGCCAGAUAUAAUAAUGGAAGAUAUAGAAGAAAGUGAGGUGUCUAGCAGUUACAUCCAAAGUGCUACCGAAUUAUCAAGCCUAAAAAGCUCAAAUAACUUGCAGAGCUCCAAACUGGCUAGCGAAGGCGACAAAAUGAUUGAUUUAUAUUUAUAUAUCCAAAUGGAGUAUUGUGAUGGCAUGAAUUUACGAGAAUGGCUAGACCAGCCUAACCAUAAGAUCGACCGAGAAAGAAAUUUACAGUUUUUCACUCAGAUGCUGAAAGGGAUUAAAUAUAUUCAUGAGCAUGCCAUAAUUCAUAGAGAUUUAAAACCUGCCAAUAUUUUUAUCAAUGGAAAAGAUAACGUAAAAAUCGGGGACUUAGGCUUAGCUAGAGUUAUGGUAUCGUCUGAAUAUUCAUAUAUAGAAGAUUAUACUGAAAUUCUUAAAUCAGCACUAUCAAUGAAUAUAGGGACUCCUUUGUAUUUAGCACCUGAGCAGGAAUUUAGCACCAAUUAUAACCAUAAAGUAGAUAUUUUUUCGCUUGGGAUUAUUUUAUUGGAGCUUUCACAUAAGUUUGAAACUUACCAUGAAAGGUAUAGGAUGCUGAAAGAUGUGAGAGAAUCCCAUACUUUUCCAACUGAAUUUAUCAAAAAUUACCCAAUAGAGCAUCAAAUUGUGAUGGCAAUGACAGAGCCAGAUCCGAAAAAUAGGCCAGAAGCGAUAGAAAUUCUUAAGGGAGAGCUGAUAAAAAAUUGGGAAAAAAGUUUAUAA